GCAAGUCAUUGGCGCCAAGAUGGCGAUGGAGAUGAGGCUUCCCGUCGCUCGUAAACCUCUUAGCGAGAGCCUGGGCCGAGAGAGUAAGAAACACCUGGUGGUACCGGGCGACACAAUUACUACGGACACGGGCUUCAUGCGGGGCCAUGGAACGUACAUGGGGGAAGAGAAGCUCAUCGCAUCUGUGGCUGGUUCUGUGGAGAGAGUAAACAAGUUGAUCUGUGUGAAAGCUUUGAAAACCAGAUAUAAUGGUGAAGUGGGAGACAUCGUAGUGGGGAGAAUCACAGAGGUUCAACAGAAGAGGUGGAAGGUGGAGACCAACUCCAGGCUGGACUCAGUCUUGCUUCUGUCAUCCAUGAACCUUCCGGGAGGAGAGCUGAGGAGAAGGUCUGCAGAGGAUGAGCUGGCCAUGCGAGGUUUCCUGCAGGAGGGGGACCUGAUCAGUGCCGAGGUCCAGGCAGUGUUCUCAGACGGCGCUGUCUCUCUGCACACGAGGAGUCUCAAGUAUGGAAAACUCGGUCAGGGUGUUUUGGUCCAGGUUUCCCCCUCGCUGGUGAAACGGCAGAAGACUCACUUCCACGACUUGCCUUGUGGCGCCUCAGUGAUUCUGGGUAACAACGGCUUCAUCUGGAUCUACCCGACACCCGAGCACAAAGAGGAGGAUGCGGGGGGCUUCGUAGCAAACCUGGAGCCCGUCUCCCUUGCUGAUCGAGAGGUGAUCUCCCGCCUUCGGAACUGUGUCGUCUCGCUGGUGACUCAGAGGAUGAUGCUGUAUGACACGAGCAUCCUGUACUGCUAUGAGGCGUCCCUGCCACACCAGAUUAAAGACAUCUUAAAGCCAGAAAUAAUGGAGGAAAUUGUGAUGGAAACACGACAGAGACUUUUAGAACAGGAGGGAUAAGGAGGAGGGUCUGAAGGACAGGACUGUGCACCUGACAGGAGCAGUUCAAGAAAGUGAAGAAUCUGAUUUGUGGUCCCCGUGUGUGGCUCAGCAGAGCUGGGACCGGAGGCUCAUCAUGGACCUGCAUCGCGCUGCGUCCAGCCCACAGACCUAGCUGCUUUCUUCUGUUCAUGGGCAGAGCCUGGGAGAGGUGAACUGUGCCACCAGCCCCUUGGGCUGCCUGCAGAUCCCCAGCCCCGGGGGUGGUCUGCGGUCUCCAAAAGCUCUCAGUGUUCUGGCCAAGUGGACUCCCAUCCUGGAAUAAUAUGGAGAGUCUUUGUCUCCUGUUCACCAUCGUUCACAAGGCACAAUGCCCAUGAAAUUGCCCCUGUAAAAACAUGGCCUCCCUGACUCCCAAAUGACCUGUUUUGGCUUCCAUUCCCACCUCCUCUGCAGCACAAGUACAACAUUGAAGACAGUAGUUGGUAAAGUUAGCCCAGCAGUCAAACAGAAGAAUAAAGUUAACCACGCAUCCUGUUGCUGGGUUGGAAUCCUACUUCCCAUUGCGUGUUCCUUCUAGUGAUUGAUUCAAGUGUAUCCACACCGGGCUGCUCUAAUCAUCCUGCCUUUGAGGGUGAUUUGUAAGAAGUUGAAGUAUUGGUAAUAGAAUGGAGGUUUUGGGUGCCUGAGUAAACAUGAAAUCAAAAUAGAGAAAAAGGAGAUGGGAGAAAAAAAGCUAGUUUCCUCCUAUAAUUGAGGUAGUAACACAUUAGCUUAUGAAUAGUUAAGAGUUCAAAGAUAAAACCAAGAUGUUGAUGUUCUUAUUGGGGAAUGGCAGGAGUUCUGCGUUGGUUUGUCAUGUCUAAAAUAGUGACCUCGCAGGUUUUGGUAAACAAUUUUUUUAAAGGCACUGUUUCUGUUCUUGUGUUCUUUGUAAUAUUUGGGAGCGGAGGGAAGUGGAAGGAGAGCUUAGCAAACAGUAGUUCUUCCGCCAGAGGCCCUAACUGCGGUGCCUGGGUCA